CCGUGUGCGAUGGACUGGCAGGUGCUGACCAGGGAGCUCUCCCUCUACCUGGAGAGCCAGGUCCGCGUGGGCUUCUUCGGCUCCGGCGUAGGCUUGUCCCUGGUACUGGGUUUCGGCGUCGCCUACGCCUGCUACUACCUCAACAGCAUCGCCAAGAAACCCCAGCUGGUGGCAAGCAAUGACCGUUUCUGCCGCUUUCUCGAGGAAUAUUGCCCUGUUGUGACAGAAACUUACUAUCCCACAAUUUGGUGCUGGGAAGGUCGGGUACAGACACUCCUACGCCCCUUUAUCACAUCUAGACCCCAAGUACAGUACAGGAAUGAGCUCAUUAAAACAGCAGAUGGAGGACAGAUUUCGUUGGAUUGGUUUGAUAAUAAUGACAGCUCAUAUUAUCCGGAUGCCAGCACAAGACCCACUGUCCUGUUAUUGCCUGGCCUGACAGGAACAAGCAAGGAAUCCUACAUUCUUCAUAUGAUCCAUCAAAGCGAAACACUGGGAUAUAGAUGCGUGGUUUUCAACAAUCGGGGAAUUGCUGGUGAGGAGCUUUUGACACCAAGGACUUAUUGUGCAGCUAACACAGAGGAUUUAGAGGCUGUUAUUCAUCAUGUGCACAGCUUGCACCCCUCAGCUCCAUUCAUGGCAGCAGGUGUUUCCAUGGGAGGCAUGCUUCUUUUAAAUUACCUGGGCAAAACUGGCAGAGACACUCCUUUAAUGGCAGCUGCAAUUUUCUCUGCGGGUUGGAAUGUUUUUGAAUCUGUAGAAUCUCUGGAGAAGCCACUAAAUUGGCUUCUUUUCAACUAUUACUUGACCACUUGUCUACAAUCCUCUAUCAGCAGGCAUCGACAAAUGUUGGAGAAAUUAUUUGAUAUGGAUCUUGUGAUGAAGGCUAGAACUGUUAGAGAAUUUGAUAAGCAGUUCACUUCAGUCAUGUUUGGCUACCGUUCAAUUGAUGAUUACUAUGAAGAUGCCAGCCCGUGUCGCAAGCUGAAGUCAGUAGGAAUUCCAGUGUUAUGUCUAAACUCUGUGGAUGAUGUUUUCUCCCCAGCUCAUGCUAUACCAGUAGAAACUGCCAAACAAAAUGCAAACGUUGCUUUGGUUCUGACUUCGUGCGGAGGCCAUAUCGGUUUUCUGGAAGGAAUAUGGCCAAGGAAGUGCACUUACAUGGACAGAGUCUUCAAGCAGUUUGUGCAAGCUGUGUUUGAGCAUGGAAAUAAAAUCUUUAGCAUGUAG